AUGGUCUGGAUUAUCACCUAUGUGAACUUGUUCUCCAAAAUUGAUAUUUACCUGAUUUCUAAGCUGCCGGAGGUAUGCCAACACAUGUGCUGCACGGGUGUUUACCACAAUCGAGUACCGGAUGUUGGCGCCAUCUUUUUAGACCACAUCGCUCCCUACAAGGAAUGUUAUUUUGGCUUACAGUUUGUGGGAGCACAGUCCAUCGUGUUGGUGAGGAAGGACAGUGGCAGGACGGAGAGGCAUAUCUUCUUUCUCUUUCAGGCACAUAUUAAAUUUCCUAUUGACUACCCAUAUUCACCACCUACCUUCAGAUUCUUGACCAAAAUGUGGCACCCCAACAUCUAUGAGAAUGGAGAUGUAUGCAUUUCAAUCCUUCAUCUGCCUGUAGAUGACCCACAGAGUGGAGAGCUGCCCUCUGAAAGGUGGAAUCCUCCUCAGAAUGUGAGGACUAUCGUGCUGAGUGUAAUCUCCCUGCUUAAUGAGCCCAACACCUUUUCUCCAGCCAAUGUGGAUGCUUCAGUCAUGUUCAGGAAAUGGAGGGACAGCAAAGGAAAGGACCAGGAGUACGCUGAGAUCAUUAGGUAAGGCAUUCUGGAUCUA